AUGCUACUCAUUAAGACUCAGGUGUUGGACGCCUCGGCCAGGGACCCCAGGGUCAUAUUGGCCCUGGACCUGACUAAGGCUUUCGACACAAUUGACCACAGUCAUAUACUGGCAUCCAUUUCUCACAUGGGGCUUGGAUACCGCUUUCAUAACUUCAUUAAGGCCUUCCUGAAAGACAGGACGGCGACCAUUAAGAUAGGGGACGUUCAAUCCAAGGAGUACACGCUCGGUAGUACGGGGACGCCGCAAGGCGCAGUGAUCUCUCCACUGCUAUUUAACAUCGGCAUGUCCCCCCUUGCCAGGAAACUUGACUCGAUGAAAAAGCUAGGCUCAGCCAUCUACGCCGACGACAUUACUUUAUGGUCGUUUCAGGGCUCGACGGGAGAAACGGAACAGACACUACAAGAGGCGGUCGAAAUCAUCGAAUACCACAUAAGACUAAUGAACCUUCGGUUAUCCAGCAGCAAAUCAGAGCUGCUGGUAUACCAGCCUAUACGUAUGGGGCGCCGACCUAAAGGCUGGAUUCCGGUAGAGGAGGUGGAUAUACACCUAAGAACGACAGACGGCGAGGAAAUCCCUCGGGCAAACACACUACGUAUUCUGGGCAUGCUAGUCUCUGCAAACGGGAGAAACACAGCCACGAUAGAGAAGCUGCAACAACACACAGCGGCCACCAUCCGCCUCAUACAAAGGGUCUCAGGGAAGAAGGGCGGCAUCAAAGAAGACAAUCUUCUUCGUCUUUUUCAUGCGUUCCUUCUCAGUCACAUAAACUAUGUGGCCUCCAUGCACAAUUGGAGCACGGCAGAGAAGAAAAAACUCGAGGUACUCGUCAGGAAAACGGUCAAGCGGGUGCUAGGUCUCCCCUUGAGAACUAGCACAGCUAAAUUACUAUCUCUGGGUGUUCACAACACUAUAGACGAACUGAUCGAGGCUCAGCGUAUGGCACAGGUCGCCAGACUCUCUAACACGACUGUAGGCAAAACGAUUCUCGAAAAGGCAGGCAUCAACUCGCCUCUUAUUUUUGAAAGGGCAACUCCACUGCCACAAGCAAUUAGAGAAAUUAUCGUAGUUCAUCAGCUACCCAGAAACAUGCACCCGAUUCACAAUGUGGGCCGACGCAAAGCCAGGGCUAAGGCCAUGCUAGAGAAGCUAGACAGCCGGGGGGAUGGCGCAAUCUUUGUAGACGCCGCUAGAAUGACUGCAGACAAAUACACGCUAGCGGUAGUUAACAGGGAAGGGCGGCUACUCAAUGCUGCUACAGUUCAAACCAAGUCCGCCAGCAUCGCUGAGCAAGUAGCCAUUUCGCUCGCUAUGACAAUGGAAGGUACCUUCACCAUCUUCACCGACUCCAUGUCUGCCGUAAGGGCUUUCGACUCGAAUCACAUCGCGGAAAAGGCCGCCAUGAUUCUGACUCACUGCAAAGUGUACUCUCACGAGUUGGUGUGGUUUCCCGCCCAUCUGGGUGGGGCCGUCGACGGCAUCCCCAACCCCAACGAAAUGGCUCACGCCCGGGCGCGAGGACUCGCGUGCCGCCCCGGCGCGUCGGGUCCUUCUCGACCGGGCCUCCCGCACCCCGACGGGUGUGGGGCGGGAGUUGGAGAUGCUACCGGCGGAGACGCACUGACCACCUUUAAUGAGAUCACGAAUCACUACAAGCUAGGUAGGAGAACCCUCCCCACUCCGCACAAAGAACUUUCCAGGGGCCAGGAGAUAGCCUUCCGACUAAUUCAAACGAACACCUUUCCGUCGCCAGCCAUUAUGGCCAGCUACAUGGAUAUCUCCCCUCAGUGCUCUCUCUGUGGCGAAUUAGCCACCUUUGGUCACAUCAUGUGGCGCUGCCCCCGCUUACAAAUCAACUCCAGGGUCCAUCGCAUCGACGAGACCGACUUCUACACCUGCAUCACGAGCUCCGACCUUCGGAGCCAGCUAUGGGCGAUCCAGGGGGCCUGCGAGGUGGCAGGGGGUCUUGGACUCCCGGUACCGACGUGGGUGACGCCUAAGGAGGGUCGCUAG